CAUGUGAUUCGUGUAAAAGGACAGGGAGAUCGAGGGGAGCAGCCACGCGAGCGUCGCGACCAAUCCGCACACUUGGCGUCUCUCAGCCGCGGAGUGCGGAUGCCGUGAUCGUCUGCGAAUCGUCUGCGAAUCGUCUGCCCGCCGCUUGCCAUUACUUCGUGUCCGAUCUCCAAGUAGUCAUCCCAUAGAGUCGACGACCGCCUCCCCGGGCCCUACAGCCAUGUCAGUGAUCUACAGGAACUCGAUGAACGUCAUCGGCAAGCUCGUGCCCGAGAAGCUGCAGCCUCUGUGGAAACAUCCAGCUGGUCCACAAACCAUCUUCUUCUGGGCACCUGCCUUCAAAUGGGGUCUCGUAAUUGCUGGCCUCGGUGACCUGCAGAGACCAGUGAACAAAAUCUCCAUCAGCCAAUCUUGUGCCUUGGGCAUCACGGGAUUAAUCUGGACCAGAUAUUCCUUAGUCAUCACCCCGAGAAACUGGAAUCUCUUUAGCGUAAACCUCUUCGUCGCGUUUACGGCGAUAUAUCAAAUAACGAGAGCUUUGAGGUAUCAGCGCCAACAAGCAGCUUUGGAGACAGCGAAGGCGAUUCCGUCGGAUGCAGCUCACUGACGAUAACUACAUGUAUAGAUAUACAUUCCUAGGAAACAAAAAAAAAAAGGAAUACUUAAUUCUUCGCUACUUCGCGUUUCGUGAAACGUUUAUGUUACCAUUUAGCACAUCGGGACGAGUAGUAGUGACGUCUAAUGUAUCUGACCAAUACGUCUUAAUGACGAACAAAAAACUUGAAAGAUAGAUCGGUGAUACAUAUAAUAUAUACAACUUUAAAUAUUUAAAAAUUAUACAGAAGUUAUACAAUUACGUUUGAUCGAGCAUGAAUUCUUUGAUGAAACGAAUUAAUAUUGUUAUGAAUAAUCCUAAGGAUGCGGUCUCACUACAAAUGCUUUGAAUCAUUAAUGUAGUUGAUCAAUCGGAAGGAAGAGAAUUUUAUUAAUUAAAGAAUUUCGACCAAUUGAAGAAUACUUCGAAGCAUUACGUUGUCUCAACGUCUCAUGAUUUUUCAAAUUUCUUCACGAUAUCUUUUAGAUGUUCGGUCGAAAGAAAUGUAGCGAAUUUUACGUAAGGUCGAUUGACUUCUUGGUGCCAAACUGUGAUAUACAUAUAUGAUGCACGAUAUGACAUUCACUUCAGAUGCUGUACGAUAAACAAAUAUUAGAUAGAUAGAAAGUACAACUACACAGGGCACAGAAGGAAUAGAGUUGUGAAUAAUCGGGUGUAACGGAUGGAUUUGAGGCAUCGUAUGUAACAUAUGGUGCGCUAUCGAUUCAUUGAUAACACCUGAUUGUACCUACACGUAUUGGAUCGUUGUGCACCACGUGCGUUCUACCUCGAGACGUAACGAUGCUCACGAUGCUUCUGCAUGACAUAUCGACGUUACGUAAUAUAAAGUGUUAUAUAUAUAUAUAUGUGUCAAUAUCGUAACAUUUUAAUUAAUAUCAUUGUAACUGCCUUGC